CGCUCUCAAGUGCAGGCAUCCAUCCGUCAAAGCGACACCAGCUAAUUGACUAACUACCCACCCCACACCCACCUGUCUGUUACACCCACGCACAUACGCAGUGAAUGAAUGCACAUAGAUAACAUACAGCCUAUUUAUUGACUUACUACUAAAGACGGAAACCCAGUGCAUGAGUGGCACGGCACCUCCUUCCAUCACGCCACACAGCCACGCAGUCACUCACAUCCCAUCGCACAAACAGAAGUGCUCGUCUCGUCCACCCGUCGGUCCGUCUAUCUAUCUAUCUACUGCACCUUCUUUCUCUCGGCUGCUGCCCCUGUUUGGGGGACGGGCCGCUUGUCGGUCGCUGUGGCACUUCUUGUGAUGAGAGGCGCCAGUGCGAUGACGGCCACGAGCGAGAGGGCCGCGAGUGAGAGGAAGAGGACGUCCCAGCCGUAGGUGUCGGUGAUGGUGGCCGUGAGGCUCCCCUGCAAUAUCGACCCCACGCUGCCAACACCAUUCACAAAACCUGCACACCACCCCACAGCAGCCAUGGCCAGAGACACACACAACUCGCGUGAGUGUUGUGUAUGCCCUCCACUGUAUGCAAUGCAUUGCACACCGACCCGACCGAAGCUUUGUACCUGUGGCAGUGCCCAUGGCGGGCUGCGCGUUGUGUUUCUCGCAGAGGUCGCUGCACGCAGCCCCCCCGAGCACAGAAUCGGGCCCCGCCACCGCCAGCCCCACCAGGAACAUCAGCACCAUGUUCGGAAGCAACCCGAACCCACCCGCCUGAGGGGUAUAGGGAGAAUGGACAGAUAGAGAGAGGGUGAUCGAUGGCUCAUGAAUGAGCGGUCUGGUUGGCGGGCGGGAUGGGCGGGGUGUGUGCUUGAGUGCGUCACGUACAUGUGCAUACGCCGCUGCGAGUGCGCCUGUUGCUGCCGACAUCAUGCCCACGACCAGCAGCCGCCGACCGCCGAAGUACUUGUCCGAUAACACACUGCGAGGUUGGUUCGUCAGACGGACACACACACACAGCACACAAACAAGGAGAGGGCAGACCAUGGCCUGUCUGCUUGGACUGCGUCGACGUUUACCGACCCGCAAGCAAUCGAGCCGAGCACCCCGCCCACAUCGAACAGCGACGACAUGAACGCUGAUUGACAACAAGCAGACAGACAGAGAGAGAGUCGCGUUUCUUCCACGCCUGUCGGUCGGUCGAUCGGCCUUAUUUUAUUUAUCUGCCUGGCCACCAGCUUGUGAGGGUGGGUAUCCGCCCUGUUUGGUGAGGAAGUAUGGCAGCCACAUCAUCAUGGUGUACCGCACCAGCUUGAUGCAAAAGUACGCCACGCCCAAGUUCAUCAGCCCCGGGAUCAGCAGCACCUGCUCACACCACCAUCCAUCCAUCCAUCCAUCCAUCGCACCCACGUCUUCUUAAGACGCUGCACCCAAAGGCACCUGUCCCAGCGUCAUUCUGUCAGUCCCCUGCCCUUUGUCGCUGCUGCUGCUGUUGGUGCUGGUACUUGAUGGUCCGGUGGGUGGGCUAGCCGUGGAGGCAUCUGAGUCUGCGGGGGCCACAGAUGACUUGGGCCUCUCUGGCGACGGCUGGCUGCUGCCUCCCGUCACCUCGGCAGGACUCUCCUUCAUCAAGGCGAAGAUGGCCAAGCCACAGAGACCCACCUGACAGACAGACAGACAGACAGACACAGACAGACAGGGCGAGGUGGUCCAGCACUGAGUGGGUGAGUUUGAGUGUGGCCUAUGCAUAUGCAUAAUGGGAUGCCAACUCUCUGACUGACCCAAGCAGCUGGCAGAGUGAAGGCGCUCCGCCAUCCGAAUGUGGUCAAUGCGAAGCCUGCGAUGCUGUUGGACAGGACACCACCGAUCUGCUGACACGUUGUCCACACCCCUGCAAGAGUGAAUGCAACCACAACAAUGCCACCCAUCCACCCACCCACACAUGUGCUUCCUGCCUGCCCGCCUGCCAGACCCUGGUUGCGUACCUACCGAGUGUUUUGCCCCUAUUGGUGGCGUCCAUCCACGGGUUGAGCGCCUUGAUCAUCAUGGGGAAGCCCCCGCUCUGGGUCAAACCGUUGACGCCCCAGCACACCACCAUUACCCACACAGAGCCACUGCCGUACGCAGCGAACACCAGGGCCGCCACAGCCGACCCCAGGUAUCCCACCGUCAGCACCCUUCGCGGCCCAUACACGUCGCCCAGGGCGCCUGUGAGGAACUGCCCCACUGCAUAGCAGACGAGGAAGCCCGUGUCGAUGGAGCCCAGCUGCUGCCUCGAGACGCCCAGGUCGGUCUCGAGCGCGCUCUUGACGAUGGACAGCGGCUUCCGGGUGAGGUACAGCGACGCGUACGUCACGUACGUCAGCACAAACAUGAUGCGCCUCCACUGCUGCACGUGCAGGGCUGCCGCCUCGGAAGCAGACGGCCCAGGAUCAUCUGCAGACACCAUCUUAGCCCGAAUUACGCACAGAUCUUCUUCCCUUGCGAGGAGACAAGUGGAGUGCCUGCCCUUCGGGCAGGCGUAUCCGUAAAACAGUAAAGGGGUGUUUGGAAAAUCCGUGAAACUGGAAGGGAUGGCCGUGAGUAGUUUUCUUUUUUCCCUCCUUUGUUCGGCUGCCGAACGACAUGUGGAUGGCACCAGAA